GGGCGUCGUCCUUUAGAUCAAACUUUUCUCGAAGGGGCAAGGGCGUGCAGCCGCACCGGUUGAACUACCUGCUGCGCCGUUCUUGGAAACGGCACCCUCUCCGGGGAUGCGCGCUUAGGUCUUUGGAGGAAGAAAUACGGGGAGGCAAAAGAAUGGCUCAGAAGGGAAGCACCUGCUUUGGACCCAGCGGGCCCUAAAUUCGGCCCGCAGCACCUCCAGUGUAGAGAUCCUCGAGAAGGGCUCUGCCCCUCCCGCUGGAGUUUGCUGUCCAGAUGACUUGUCAAAAUUGUAUGGAGACUGUUCAGGAGACAUUGCAAAAAGUGCCAGGCCUCCGCAUAGUUGACAUCCAGCUGGAUUCACAGACUGUGCUGGUGGAGACAAGUCUUGGCACUGAGGAGGUCCAGAACCUUUUAGAAAGCACAGGGCGCAAGGCCGUGCUGAAAGGAAUGGGAAGUAGCGUUCCAGGAUUGCUUGGCAGUGCGGCCGUGGCCAUGGUGACAGGCCGUGGAUUGAUCCAAGGCGUGGUGAGGUUCCUGCAAGUCUCCCCAGAAAAAUGCCUUGUGGAUGGCACUGUUGAUGGCCUUCAGCCAGGACUGCACGGGAUACAUGUUCAUGAAUUUGGAGACAUCUCAAGGUCUUUUGACAGUUGUGGGGACCAUUUCAAUCCCAAUGGGGAAUGCCAUGGAGGUCCCCAGGAUCAGCAUAGGCAUGCAGGCGAUCUUGGGAACAUCUUGGUCACUGCUGAUGGAAGAGCCUCCUUCCGGAUGGAAGACCGUCAGCUGAAGGUGGAUGAUAUCAUCGGUCGCUCCUUGGUGAUAGACGAAGGGGAGGAUGACUUGGGCCACGGGAGUCACCCACUGUCAAAAGUCUCUGGAAAUUCGGGUGAGAGAGUGGCCUGUGGAAUCAUUGCUCGCUCAGCCGGCCUCUUCCAGAACCCCAAGAAAAUAUGUUCCUGCAGUGGCGUGACACUGUGGGAAGAACGGAAAAGUGGCAAGGCCGUCCCAGGCCGACCGACUCCUCAUCUGUAGGACUUGGACUUCUGCUGGUGCUCCCCUUGCUUGGAGUUUGCAAAGGGGUUUCACAAAUUCUCUUAAGGUGUGGCGAUCUUAUCCGUUGGCCUCCUGGAAUGACCCCAAUAAGGCAGGGAUGGGUGUGUGUCUGUGUGUGUGUGCACGUGUGUGGAGAAACAGAGACACGCCCAUACAAAUCCGCUUUGCUUGCCAGGAGAAAAGGAGAUAAUUGCACUGGGCAGAUUCUUCCCCAAUCCGCAAACAUUUCAAUAAGGCACGUCCGCUUUUUGUUUUCUUUUGUUUAAUUUCCAUAGGAGGAGAGCAGAUCAUCUCGCUUAGACAUACGAUUUUUUAGGCUAAGCUCUAUGAAUGUUUUUCUUUGCUGCUUCUUAUGCUCCCAAGUUAGGCUUGAUGGACCAGUGCCUUUCCCCUUCUGUGCAGGCAUGGAAGCAAGAAAUUCAAAGGAGGCGGGUCUGCAGCGAUGGACGAGGCUGCCCCCCCUGAGUUUGCAAAGGGGUUUCACAAAGAAGAGGGACCAAAAAAUGGGGGGAGCUUUCUCUGUUCGGUCAGGGCAAUGUGGUGCAGCGUUCUUUGUCCUCCCAUCCGUGUAUCAAAAAGAAAAUGUUGGGAAGGAACAGAACUUGCUACUCUACCAAAAAUUGUUAGUGUUCGUAGGCUGUUCAUAAAUAAGUCUGCCAUCACCCGCUCAGGAUGUGUGAGAGUAUGUGCCUUAGUGUCAGCAAAGUGGAGUCGGCUGUCAGUUGUGCGAAGCUUGAAAAAAGGAGUGGAAGAACAAAGUCAUUGUGUAACUAUGGAGGGCUUGGGACUGGAUUUUUCACGCAAGGGUUCUGUCUCUGAGACAGGUUGUGCAUUUUGAGCUGAGCCUCCUUUUUCCGGUCCCUUUAUUGCUUAGACCAUCCAUUAAACUGUACAGUCUUCCUACCAGUUGCGUUGUCUCUUCU